CCGAAACCGUCAACAACCGAGCUGCGUGCUGGCCGUGUGACAAAAAGAGAGUGAACGUUAGCAGUUUCAAGCCCAUUUUUUCUCGCCGUGUACCCCGUUCUCCGCGCCCAUGGCUGACACUAGCUCUCGUCGGACUGAGGAGGAGGUUCGAGUUCGGCUCCCUGGACUGGUGGUCUUAUCUUAGGAGGAAUACACACGGUGAAUUCGCGGCUGUAAUACGACACCAACACCCUGCAGACGCAGACGCUCCGAGAUCGCCAAGUAUGUCAGUCACACGUUUGUUGUCCGUUUUUUUAUAGUCUUGUGUGAACGGGAAUUAAUAAUAGACUUACAAUUCAUUAAUAAGAAUCGGACAAAGGCGAGGAGAAAAUAUUUGCACUGCCUCAACAACUGCAGCAGGAGAGGCGUACAAAAAACCCAGAAAAACUGUUUUCCAGUUGGUGAAUCCCAGGGUUAGUGAACUUCCCGUAAAUCCGGAGAGAGCGAUACGCAGCAGAUAUGGUGCGCCAAGUCUCGCCCUGGAAGGUUCUCACACGGCGUAAACAUCUCCAGGCCGAUGGCAGCGAGGGAGAGACGAAGCUGAACCGAGUGCUGGGAUUAUGGGACCUCACGGCCCUGGGAGUGGGUUCGACCCUGGGGGCAGGGGUCUAUGUGCUGGCUGGACAGAUUGCCAAGGAUCAGGCGGGUCCCUCGGUGAUGAUAUCGUUUGCCAUUGCUGCACUGGCCUCGCUGCUGGCGGGCGUUUGUUAUGCUGAAUUUGGAGCCAGAGUUCCCAAGGCUGGCUCGGCCUAUGUCUAUAGUUAUGUCUGCAUUGGCGAGUUCAUAGCCUUUGUCAUUGGCUGGAAUCUCAUUCUGGAAUAUGUAAUUGGUACAGCGAGUGUUUGUAGGGGUAUCAGCCUGUACCUGGACUCCCUGCUGAAUGAUACCCUGAAGACCACAUUUGCGGAGGUGGCCCCCAUGAAUGUCAGCUUUCUGGGCAGCUACUUUGACUUUCUGGCCUUUGGGCUAGUGGUUGUCUUUGGAGUGGCCCUGGCCUUUGGUGUGGAGACCUCAACAAUGGCUAAUAAUUUUGUUACCUGUCUAAACAUCUUUAUACUGGGAUUUGUAAUAAUUGCAGGAGCCAUUAAAGCUGACUUCUCUAACUGGACAGUGGAUCCCAGCACUGUUUCGGCCAACUAUACCAUAGGAUCGGGUGGCUAUUUUCCCUACGGAUUCGAGGGCACUCUCCGCGGAGCCGCAACCUGCUUUUUUGGUUUCGUGGGCUUCGAUUGCAUUGCCACCACCGGGGAGGAGGUUCGAAAUCCUCGCAAGAAUAUACCCCAAUCGAUCCUGCUCUCCCUGCUGAUCAUUUUCCUGUGUUACUUUGGCGUGUCCACGGUCCUGACCCUGAUGCUGCCCUACUAUCUCCAAGAUGCCAAUGCUCCACUGCCGUAUGCCUUCGAGUAUGUGGGUUGGCCGGUUGCCAUGUGGAUUGUGACUGUAGGUGGCUUAGUGGGUUUACUGGCGAGUCUGUUUGGAGCCCUCUUUCCACUGCCCCGAGUCAUGUACUCCAUGGCCCAGGAUGGGCUUCUGUUCCGGUUUCUGGGCAAAGUGAGCCCCAGAUUUAGGGUUCCGGUCACAGGAUCCAUUGUGGCCGCACUGUUCACGGCCGUAAUUGCCGGACUCUUCGAUUUGGCCCAGUUGGUCAGUUUGCUGUCGAUUGGAACUCUGUUGGCGUACAGUGUGGUGGCCAUAUCCAUAAUGCUCCUCCGAUAUAUGGACUAUUGUGAGAUGGAGGAGAGUUCGGGACAGAGGCAGGAGAGUCGGGCCUCGGAGACCACUUCCUUAACGUCCAGAAGUGAGAGAUUCACUUGUGGUUCUGUGUGCACGCAACUCUUUAAUGUCCAUCGAAUGUCAGAGCCAAAUGCGAUAUCUUCAAGAAUUGUGGGAGUCUUGGCUACCAUAUUUUGCCUCCUUUCCUUGGGUCUUGGUUUGCUGAUAAUGCAGGCCCAUCCUUCAAUCGCCUCUCAGGAGCCCUGGGCCCUGACCCUCCUCGUGGUAUUAAUCCUGCUCAUUGUCCUGGUUAUUCUGCUGAUUUGCCUGCAGCCCAGAGAAGCUCGUGGUCGCUUAUUCCGAGUGCCCUUCGUUCCGAUUGUGCCCGCCAUUAGUAUCUUUAUCAACAUUUAUCUGAUGCUCCAGCUGGACAGUUGGACCUGGAUUCGUUUCGGGGUCUGGAUGAUAGUGGGCAUUCCCAUAUUCCUUGCAUGCUGGUAUCUUUACGAUUGCAAGAACCCCCAGAAGAGGAAUCCCGAAAGAUUAGCUUUUUACAAAGAGCUGAAGGGAUCAGAGAAGAGCCUAGACAAGGAACAAAAUUGUGUGUCCAAGGAGAGUAUUUUAACCGUUGAAACUCAGCUGAAGAAGAGUCCCAGCAGCAGCCUGGAUCAAAUCCAGAAUCUAAGCGAUGUUGGCGAGGACUUGAUUGAGGUGAAGCAUGCCAAUGGCAAGCUGUUCUAUGUGGAGGAUACCAAGAGCGAAAACUCCACGGCAACUUUGGGCAAUGAAUCCCCAUCGCGGGAUGAUGAGCAGUCGGUUAUUGCCAUGCUGGACGAUGUUCUCGAUGCCGAGGAUAUUCAGCAGAGCCAACACGAGCUGGAACAGCAGCUUAUAUUCGAGCGUCAUUUCAGCCUGGACUCCGAGAUGUAUCCGAGUGUCAUAGAAACAGUAAUUGUGGCCACCGUUCACAGCAGCAGUGACGAUGAUGAAGCCCAGGAUGGGGUUCCUCUAGGCAGGAAUAGAUACGAGGAGUGUAAAGUGCUAGCCCAGCAAAUGCUCGAUGAGCUCUUCAAUAGCGAGGCCUUUUAUGAACAGCUCGAGACAGUCAGAGCCGGAGGGGAUCAAUUAAAAGGGGAUUUCCCGGGAAGCCAGGAACCACAGCCCCUGGUGCUGCUUAGACCUACCUUGCAGCGUCCGUCCUCCCAGACAUCCCUUAAGUCGCAGGCCUCCGAAAUUGAGGAUCCCCUGCAUUCGGCCAAGUUUAAAGACCGCCUAAGCCACAUCAUUAUGAAUGCCAAUGUCCACAAGGUGAAGGGGCCGGUAAAGAGGAACGAGGAGGAGGCGGAGGAGCUGGUGGAUCUGGAGCAGGACGAGGAUGAUGAGCCGAAGGCAAGGCCGCAGCUAAAGCAAUCGAAAAGCGAAACCGAUGUGCGUCGCCUAAUGCUGAAGGCCAUCAGCGAACUGAAAAUCGACCAUAAUGAGGCUGGUAAUGCUGAUGAGGUCUCCGCUGAAAGCCCCUUCAAAUCCCCAGCAGCACCUGCUCCAGUUGCUCCAGUUGCUCCAGUUGCAGGUGCAGUUGCAAUUGCGAGUGCCAACAACAUACCGCGUCCACCGAAAUUCGAUCCGGUGCUCUACAAGACCAUCAACAGCAUUAGUUUGCGCAAACAGCGACCCAGUUUGAGCCAACAGCAGCAGCAACAUAUCGUGGAUGCCAAGAACCCGGCACUCCUCCACCACCACCUGCCACCGGAAUCGCGGCCGGAGACGGAGACGGUUACGGGCCCGGAUCCUGGCCAGCAACCGGAGUCGGAGCCUUUGCCAUUCAAAGCGAAAUUGGAGGCCAUAUUGCAGCGGGGUCCCUCGCACCGAACCCAACAACAUCCGGACUUGGUGCGUCGCCAUCGUCCGCAGUCCACUUACCUGGAGGCGGAGGAGGUGGAAAGCUGAGGGGGUCUCAUUCCAUAAACCAAACCCCCCUCCUGGUGAAACCAAAGAGGGUGCCAUUUUCCCCCCAGUUAAAAGUAGUCGAGUCCUGCAUGCGAAUCGGAAUGCAAAUGCAGCUUGCCUUGUACAUAGCCAGCAUAGCUGUAGUUACUAGUAGUCACUAGUUAGUUAGUAGGGAAUGCAAGCAAUUCUAGUUGAUAAGGACCAGGUGGAUUGUGAGGGAGAGAUAAUGGGAAGGAGACUUCUAGAGGGAUUGUUGAAAAGAAAUGGGAGAAGAUUUCAUUGAGAAGGAAAUUAAAUUAGUCACACAGGUUUAAAGUUUGCAGUUUAGCAAGAUGUUGAUAAAGAUAUAAUAUACAUAAUUUCAAAGUUUAAAUAAUAUAUAGUGAAACUUCUUAAAAAGCAAUUAAAACUGUGGACUGAAACAUCAUCAUAAAUCACUUGAAAAUCUCUUUUUCAACCCCAAAACUUUACAGCAAUAAAUUUACAGAAACUAAACACAUAAUGACUUGAUAGGAUUUGAGUGGAUUUUACAAAAAUGGGUCAAAACUAUACUAGAAACUCUACCUAAUUAUUUAUAAUUACUUCCCCAAACCCCCCCACAAUCCACCUUUAAUUAAUGUGCAUGCUUAGCUAACUCAAAGCUAGUCGGAAAAGUAUUUAAUAAAACGGUAUUAUAGUCGUCAAAACUAAGUGCUUAAGAUACCUCCUGAUAAA